AUGGAGAACCCAGCGAAGUAUCUCUCAUCGGUGCAGGGGAUUGACUCUGCGCCGGCACCAAUCGGAGAGAUGAUGUGGAACCGGACUGAAACGGAGGCGACAAAGGAAGAGGGGAAGGAUGUGGUGGUGCGUACGGUGACCGGCUGUCUGCUCGCCCUGCUCAUCCUCUGGACCCUGCUGGGGAACAUCCUGGUCUGCUCCGCGGUGCUGCGCUUUCGGCACCUGCGGACCAAAGUGACCAACAUUUUCAUCGUCUCCCUGGCUCUGUCGGAUCUAUUCGUGGCCAUCCUGGUGAUGCCCUGGAAAGCUGUGGCUGAGGUGGCAGGGUACUGGCCAUUUGGCACUUUCUGUAACGUCUGGGUAGCGUUUGACAUUAUGUGCUCCACCGCCUCCAUCCUCAACCUCUGCAUCAUCAGCGUGGAUAGAUACUGGGCGAUCUCCAGCCCCUUCCGCUACGAGAGGAAAAUGACCCAGCGAGUUGCCUUCGUUAUGAUCAGCAUCACUUGGACUCUGUCUGUGCUCAUUUCAUUCAUACCGGUCCAGCUGAACUGGCACAAAGCCAGCAGUGACGACAUGGAUGGGACUCACAACUCUUCCACGCGUCCGAAGGUGGAGGAGAACUGCGACUCCAGCCUGAGCAGAGAGUAUGCUAUAUCCUCCUCUUUGAUAAGUUUCUAUAUUCCCGUGGCAAUUAUGAUUGUGACCUACACCAGAAUAUACCGGAUUGCACAAAUACAAAUCAGAAGAAUAGCCUCCCUGGAGAGAGCAGCAGAGCAUGCACAAAGUUGCAGGACAAACAGAAUAGAGUGCCAACACCACAACACCUUGAAGACGUCCAUUAAACGGGAGACCAAAGUGUUCAAAACUUUGUCGGUGAUCAUGGGUGUCUUUGUGUGUUGCUGGUUACCUUUCUUCAUCCUAAACUGUAUAGUCCCGUUCUGCGACAGACCAGCCACUGACCGGGACGCGGGCCUGCCCUGCGUCAGCGAGACGACUUUCGACGUCUUCGUGUGGUUCGGCUGGACCAACUCCUCCCUGAACCCCGUCAUUUACGCCUUCAACGCCGAGUUCAGGAAGGCCUUCGCCAGCCUCUUGGGCUGUCGAAACUUCUGCUCCAACACACCCGUUGAAACUGUUAACAUCAGCAACGAGCUGGUCUCAUAUAAUCAAGACACCCUCACCCACAAGGAGAUUGCGAACGCUUAUGUCAACAUGAUCCCCAACGUGGUUGAAUGUAUUGAACAUGAAGAGACUUUUGACAGGAUUUCACAGUUUUCUCACGACAAUGAAAACGCCACCGACUCGGUGUGUGACUUGGAAGACUGCGAAGCAAACAUCAGUCUUGACAGGAUGUCACCUUUCACACCAAAUGGAUUACACUGA